AUGAGAAUAUGUGUGAGCAGUAAGUUUGAUGAGGAGUCCAAAGACCUGUCGUGGAGGAGCGAUUUUGUCUUGGAAAUAGAUUUUGAAAAAUUUGACUUGGCUGUCGAAAGCUUCUUGUUGGACGAGGAGAAUAAAGUGGUAAUAUGUUGUGAUAAAGACACGGAGGAUGAAGGUAAGACAAGAAUCUGUAUUGUUGGAGAGAAUAUGGCUAAACAAGUUUAUAAAGAAUCUGUAAAGGAAUCUUGUCUCGAGUGGCCACUUGUCAUCAUCACAUAUGUUCCAAGCUUGGUUAGCAUUCAGAAAAAUACACCUAAGAGGGGAAGGAAACGGAGGUUAAUUCGCCUUUAA